AUCUAUCCAGCCCCGGCUCCCUUCACCUGGAGAGGCUUCAGGCCUGCGUUCAGCGGAGACCCCGCUCACUCGGCUCAGCACUCGCUACCCCGUCGUGCGGCUGCCCACCAUGUCCACCAAGCCCACCAAAUCCAACGUCGGCUUACUGCGCGAGAUUUCUCAGCAGAUCUUGGCCGGUGGUUCUGCUGGUCUUGUAGAAAUUUGUCUGAUGCACCCCCUCGAUGUAGUGAAAACCAGGUUUCAGCUUCAGAGAUUUGCAACUGAUCCAAAUAGUUACAAAAGUUUAGGAGACAGCUUUCGGACAAUUUACAAAACAGAGGGGUUGUUUGGUUUUUACAAGGGAAUUCUGCCUCCCAUCUUAGCUGAAACACCAAAAAGAUCAGUGAAGUUUCUCGCCUUUGAGCAGUAUAAGAAAAUACUACUAGGAAAUACGUCACUGUCACCAGGACUGACAUUUUCCCUGGCUGGAUUUGGAUCUGGACUAACUGAAGCCAUCGUGGUUAACCCUUUUGAGGUAGUAAAAGUUGGUUUGCAAGCCAACCGGAGCAAAAACACAGAGCACCCAUCCACUUUGAGUUAUGCAAAACAAAUCAUUAAGAAGGAUGGCCUGGGACUCCGGGGCCUCAACAAAGGACUUACAGCAACCUUGGGACGUCAUGGAGCUUUCAACAUGGCUUACUUUGGCUUCUAUCACAAUGUCAAAAUCAUUGUUCCUGUCGAAGAGGAUCCGAUUUUGGAGUUUCUGAGAAGAUUUGGGAUUGGUUUCUUGUCAGGGACCAUCGCCUCCAUCAUUAACAUCCCUUUUGAUGUUGCCAAAAGUAGGAUUCAAGGGCCCCAGCCAGUUCCUGGAGUGAUCAAGUACAGAACCUGUUUUAAAACAAUGGCAACCGUCUAUAAGGAAGAAGGGUUUUUAGCUUUAUACAAAGGCCUAGUUCCCAAGAUUAUGAGACUUGGACCAGGUGGUGCAGUGAUGCUGCUGGUGUACGAAUACACCUACUCGUGGCUGCAGAAAAAUUGGUGAUGGCGUAGAAAGUGUUUUCCCCUUGAGAAAUGGGGACUUGCUCCAAGGUCCCAUGAAGAGCAGAGACUACCAGUCAGCUAAGCUAGGCAUACAACUAUGAAGGGGAAAACAGCUAGGUCAGAAUGAAAGCCUGUUCUGACACGCUAGAUGGUCGUUUGGGCCAUCAUACACAUAAAACUGUGAACAGAAAAUUAAUAUGGAGCAAUAAGGAAUGAAAGUUGAAUAUUCUAAAUAGGGUAGAAAUCAGAUUUAUUUCACAAAAGAUAGAGAGGCUUAGUCAUAUAUGUUCUUAUACUGAUUCACAGUGAAAAUUCAUUGAAAUGAUAUUUUUUCUCUAAAAGGUCUAGAAAUGCUGAAAUUCUUUAAAAUAUUCUGUGGUUAGUUCCUUUAAGAAUUCUUCCAAGAAAGACUGGGUACAAAUAAAAAGAGAUAAAUCAAAAUUUCAACAGUUUUUAUAAUUAAUUUUUCCAUAAAUAAUAUUUAAAGAGCUAAAGGAAAAUGUUUUAAAAUCCACUAAAA